AUGCCUUACGGCAGGCCGCCUUUCCGGCACACCUCCCAGCAUGCCUUGCGACAGAUUACGGUUUUUUUCCGCCACACCUCCCAGCAUGCCUUGCGGCAGCCCCCUCUCUUUUCCCCCACACCUCCCGUCAUGCCCCGCGGCCGGGCGGGUCUAUGGAGCCCCGCACUGUCCAAUAGGAGCGCCCACCUCCCCUUCUUCCUGACGUGGAUUGGUGCAGAGCGCUGGCCAAUGGGAGCGCGGAGGAGCCGAGCGGGGGCCAAUGGGGGCGGAGGGGCGGGGCAAAGCGGCGAGUGGCGGCAACGGCGGAGGAGGAUGGACGCGGAGCGGGAGAUCCGACAGCUGCAGAAGGCCAAGGCCAAGGCCCAGCGCGGCGGCCACGCGGUGGAGGAGGCUGCGCUCUGCAACCAACUGGGAGAGAUCCUGGCCAGCCACGGCCGCUAUGAGGAGGCCCUGGAGGAGCACCGGGAGGAGCUGCGGCUGCUGGAGGGCGCCGGGGACCGCUUGGGCUGCGCCAUCGCCCACCGCAAGAUCGGCGAGCGCCUGGCGGAGCUGGAGCGGUACGGGGCUGCCCUGCAGCACCAAGAGCAGCACCUGGAGCUGGCGCGGGCGCUGGGCGACCACACGGAGCAGCAGCGGGCCUGGGCCACCCUGGGCCGGACCCACAUGUUCAUAGGGGAGAGCGGCGAGGAGCCGGGGGCGCUGGAUGAGGCCCAAAGGGCUUUCCACACCAGUUUGGCCAUCGUGGAGGAGAGGCUGGAAGGAUGGGUGCCGCGGAGGGAGGUGCUGGAGAUGAAGGCUCGGCUCUUCCUCAACCUGGCGUUGGUGAGCGACUGCCGGAAGGAGCCGGAGCUGAGGGAGCGGUACCUGAGGAGGAGCAUCUUCCUGGCGGAGCAGGGGGGGCUGCAGGAGGACCUGUACCGGGCGCACUUCAACCGCGGCUCCAUCCUGCUGCGGGACGGGGACCACGGCGGGGCCCUGCGGAGCCUGAGCCGCGCUCGGGAGAGCGCCCGGAGCCUGCGGGACCGGGCCCUGGAGAGCGAGAGCUGCGCCAGCUCCGCACGGGUGUUCCUGGCCCUGGGGGACUUCGCUGCGGCCCGGCGCUCUCUCCGGCAGGCCCAUGCCCUGGGCCCGCGGCAGCCGCGGCACCGGCACCAAGUGCGCGCCGACCUCCGCUACGCCACGCGGAUGCUGCGGCUGCUGCAGGCGCUCGAGGGGGCCGGGGGGGACGCGGCGGCGGCGCUGCCCCUCUGCGAGCAGCUGGGGGACGCCUGCUCCCGGCGCGGCGACUACGGCAGGGCCCUGGGCUUCUACCAGAGGCAG